AAUAAAAAAAACAACAAUAAACUAAUAGCGUGUACAUGCGCGAGACUGUAGCCAGUAAGUAACCUGAAAGGUGCGCGCUAUUGCAGAAGGAUUUCAACAAUAUUUCGAUCAUCACCCAGACAGUGAGGCAGCAUCACGUUUACGGAAUGUUAACAUCCAAGCUGAUGAGAAACAUUUGGAAAAUGAUUGUUUUCCUUGUGCUGUGUGUUGCGGUGCUGGCAGCGCGUGACUCCCCUGAGGAGGAUAUACAGGUGAAUUCACCUCCGAGCGACCGGCAGGACCAUGAAACGGAGCGCGUGGCUGAGUUCAUCAGGUGCACAAAGAGCGCAUGGCGCAUACCAGAGCAGUACCUUGUGGUGUUGCAGGAGGGAGCACGUGAAGGUCAUGUACAGCGGACAGUGCGCACUCUGCGAGCUCAAGCUGCCAGGAGCGGACACACCGUCCACAUCACACACACUUACUCUGGAGCCUUUUGUGGAUUCCUGAUUAAAAUGAGCAGUGAAGUCCUGCCCAUGGCUUUGAAGCUGCCCCAUGUUGCAUACAUUGAAGAGGACUCAUCCAUUUUUGCCCAGGGCAUUCCAUGGAACUUGGAGCGCAUCAUCCAGACAAAACAUGAGACUGGGAAAUACACUACACCCAAUGAUGGAGCACAAGUGACUGCAUUCCUGCUGGACACCAGCGUUCAGACGAAUCAUCGUGAAAUCGAGAGAAAAGUCAUGGUGACAGACUUCAACAGCGUUCCUGAGGAGGAUGGAGUCCGAGUUCACUGGCAGGCCAGUCAGUGUGACAGUCAUGGAACACACAUAGCUGGAGUGUUGAGUGGGCGGGACUCUGGCGUGGCACGUGGCGUUAGUGUGAAAAUUGUGCGAGUGCUCAACUGUCAAGGUAGAGGCACUGUGUCUGGAGCACUGGCAGGUCUAGAGUAUGUCCGUGCAUCUCUGCAGGCCCAGCCCGUCAGCCCUGUGAUAAUACUAUUACCAUUUGUCGGGGGGUUUAGUCGCACUCUCAACACUGCUUGUCGAGAAAUGGUACACUCUGGUGCAGUUCUGAUAGCUGCUGCAGGAAAUUACCAGGAUGAUGCUUGUAUGUAUUCACCAGCCUCAGAACCAGAGGUGAUCACAGUAGGAGCUUCCAAUGCUGCUGAUCAGCCGCUGAGUUCAGGAAACAUAGGCACCAACUUUGGCCGUUGUGUGGAUUUGUUUGCCCCUGGUGAUGACAUCAUCAGUGCCUCCAGUGAUUGUCCAACCUGCUUUACCACUAAGAGCGGAACUUCACAGGCAGCUGCCCAUGUCGCUGGUAUAGCUGCAGUGCUUCUGAAUGCGUACCCCAGUGCCAGUCCUGCUGAGGUGCUACAGUUGCUCCGUUACCACUCAGUCCAGCAUGUGAUAAAUCCGGAAUCACUGCCUUCUGAACACCACCUCACUACCCCUGACAUUGUGGCUGCUUUGCCUACAUCUACUGUUACAGGUGAUACUCUUCUGUGCCGCUCUGUUUGGUCCAAGAGGUCAGGUAUUGGAAGCUUUGACACAGCAGUGGCUCGCUGUCGGCGUGGUGAAGAGAUGUUCAGCUGUUCAAGCUACUCACCAGUUGGAGUACAUGGUGGAGCGAGAAUAGAGCUAUGGGACAGGCAGAAGGUGUGUGAGGCUCAUCCUGGCAUAGGAGGACAGGGUGUAUACGCUGUAGCUCGCUGCUGCACCGGGAGCAGCAUUAAGUGCCAGGCCACUGCCAGCCUCCAUGUGGGCAUUGGCGCAGAAUGUCCUAGCCAAGACUAUCAGCUUACAGGAUGCAGCUCUCACUACAUCAGCUCCCAAGAUGUAGCAGAGCUCUCAAGGCCUCUCCAUAGCAAGAGUAAAGCAUGUCCUGCUGGAGAAGGUGGAACAUCACAUGCCUCCUGUUGCCAUGCUCCAAAUCUGGAAUGUCAUCUGAUUGAACACAACCAAGCUGAAUUUAUGAAACAGGUGGAGGUGUCAUGUGAGGAGUCCUGGACACUUACAGGAUGUAAUGCAGUGGCGUAUGGUUCUGUUACUCAUGGGGCAUACACACGAGGAAACACCUGCUUGAUCCAGAUGUUCGGAGAAGAUAAACAAGCUGCUGCUAUUGCCAUCUGCUGCAGAUAUCGGCCUCUUGAUCAGCAGAGCAACAAAUCCCUUGAGCAAAACACCUAAUGAGCUUAUGAGCUCAGUUGCCUUGAUACACUUUUUUUUUUUUUUUUUAAACAUGAAUGUUCUGUCCAUCAUGACAUUAUUUCUAAUAUUGUUCCAGUCUGGUAUAUUGAACCAAAAUACAUUUUCACAGAUUUUUUUAAAAAAAAUAACAAAAAUACAUUAAGAAAAAUCAGUUCCUUAAAGGUUCUUUGUACAGUUAAGGGUUCUUUUCUUCUAACAGGGGCUCUAUUAAAACACUGAGGUGUAGGAACAGUUUAGCCAUUUGAACAUUUGCAUAGUCACCCAAUAGACAUCUGUCUAAAGGUUAGGACAAAAUAGUUCCUAGUCUAGUGGAGGGAUAUUUUCUGCUAUUCAUGGCAUUAAAACGGUCAUCCCAAAUUAAUCAUCCCUAACAACUCAUUUCUCACCGUUAAAUAAAAAAACACCAUUUAUCUAAAACUACUGUUAGCACUUAUUAAUCUCACCUGUACAUACAUUUUAAUCCUACUCUACUAUUCAUGAAUACUGGUUUCAUUUUGAUAAAUCCUUUUCUAUCUUUACAAAAGGCUGAUCACAUGAUUCAUUCUUUUUGCAUACACUGAUUGCGUUUUACU